AGAUACCUUGAUCUCUCUGUCUCCCCUCUGCGUUGCUGCACUACGGCUUUUUCUGUUCGUGCCUCCAGUACUUACUGUACACGACACGCCCUCUUCCCCAGUCGCACAAUUACUUGUCCAACUUUCUUGUCCCUCCUUUCGCACGUUCCGAACCACCGCCCUACGCGGUCAUACCUAGCUGUACCUCCCCUCCUUUCCUCUUGAGGCGGCCGAUCUCUGUACUUGCCUCAGAUACCACCUUACCCCAGAAGACCCCGUCCUCAUUCCAUACACCAUCCGACAUUCAACACUCCAUCCCCCCCUUCUCUCCCUCUUUCUCUCUCUCUCUCUCUCUCUCACUCACUCACUCACUCACUCACACACAUGCUCCAUACUCCUGCUUUUAAUCCUAUCAUCUCCUCUCCCUUGUUUUUCCUUCUUGCAAGCGCCAGACAAAUACAACAAGCCAGCGUUUGGCAUUUCGCCUUCAAACAAUUUCGAGGGAUACUUCCCUCUUCCUCAUGCUAGUCGGCUCGACUCAUCAGCACCGACGCACCAUUCAGACACACCCCCAAAGAAGCCCAAGUCCCCAAUUAUCUGACUGGAUCUGGAACCUCGCCGCUCCUAGGCUCGAUUUUAAUUUGAUCACCGCCGCCCACACAUUUGCGGCCGCGCCUGCCAAAGCUAAAACAGCGCCUUUAUUUAUCGUGCCGCCCUAUCAGGUUAUCCAAAAGCAAUAUCCGUCAGACUGGCCCCCCCGACGAAGCUUCCGCUCGAAACAUCACAAAAAACCCAACUUCGCAUUCUCGAAGUCUGCCAUCUUGGGCGCUCGCUGUUCUGUUCACUCCAUCUGCUGGCUUUCUUUUGCGUGGUUCGCACAUCAAUCAGUGUUUCGUGGCCUUCGCUGGACGACUACCCAUUACCCAUUCUGCCCCCAGUACUACGUACUCGCACACACACCCGACACACACUUGCAGCCGUCAACCACACUCUAACCGACCCAGUUCCCGCACGACUACCACGACUCGCUUCGACCCAAGUCUCUCGUUCGUCGCAGUCCCCCCCCCCCCCAUUCUGCCACACCCCCUCCAUCUCCGCCUCGCAGCCACGUCGUGCGAACCGCUCUCCUUUUCUCGCGUCGCAACUGCUCUGCAACAACAUCUCCGAUUUCUGGACCCCGAUCGGAAAUCUUCUUCCUCUACUCACACUGGAUCCCCCCGAGUCGCCUUACCAAUUUCCUCACCCAAAGUCGCACCGCGUCUUCGUCGUCCAAUUACAGACCGACCGACCGGCCUCAAUCGUCGUGUUAUCCUCGUAGGCGACGUCGAGACCCCAAUCGGCCAUAGGGGCUCGCUUGGGUGACUUACCCGCCUCCGCAAACUCGUCACCUAGAGCGUUCGUCAACAUGUCCGUUAUGCUGCAAACGCCUUCUCGAGCUUCGACCGCUUCUUCGUCCUCCUUCCAACCCCUUUCCCGCCAAAACACGAUGUCCUCCUAUGAUGGAUCGCGGUCCGCCCGCCAGUCCAAGCGGUACUCCAUGUCCGCGCUGUACAUGUCCAUGUCGGCGAACGAGACUGACCUGGAGAUUGAGGAUGACCUAGCCAAAGCCCAGAAAAUCCUUCGCGAGUUGAAGUCCAAGAUCUCCUCGCAAUCAAAGAAGAACUUCGUCCUUGAAAAGGACGUGCGAUACCUCGAUUCACGAAUUGCUCUGCUCAUCCAGAAUCGAAUGGCAUUGGAGGAGCAGAACGAGGUCGCUAGCCAUCUCGAAGAUGCCACCGAUAUGCAGGAGGGUGCAUUCCCCAACGACGACAAGACGCAAAAGUACGGCAACCUCAUGUUCUUGCUGCAAUCCGAGCCAAGACACAUUGCGCACUUGUGCCGCUUGGUAUCCAUGUCGGAGAUCGACUCUCUUCUCCAGACCGUCAUGUUCACCAUCUAUGGAAACCAAUACGAGAGUCGCGAAGAGCACCUGCUCUUGACCAUGUUCCAGUCUGUUCUCACAUACCAAUUCGACAACACCCCCGAAUACUCAUCGCUUCUGCGCGCCAACACCCCCGUGUCGCGAAUGAUGACGACCUACACACGGAGAGGACCAGGUCAAAGUUUCCUGAAGUCGGUCCUGGCGGAUAGAAUCAAUAGUCUGAUCGAGCUGAAGGAUCUCGACCUGGAGAUCAACCCUCUCAAGGUCUACGAGCGCAUGAUUGAGCAGAUCGAGGAGGACACUGGCACGCUGCCUGCUUCCCUUCCCAAGGGCAUCACUGCCGAGCAGGCUGCCGAGAACUCGCAGGUCCAAGCCAUUAUCGAGCCGCGCCUGACCAUGCUUACCGAGAUUGCUAACGGCUUCUUGACGACCAUCAUCGACGGCCUCGAAGAGGCUCCCUAUGGCAUCAGGUGGAUUUGCAAGCAGAUCCGCAGCUUGACAAAGCGCAAGUACCCCGAUGCUAAUGACCAGGUUAUUUGCACUCUGAUCGGCGGCUUUUUCUUCUUGCGAUUCAUCAACCCCGCCAUCGUCACACCAAAGUCAUACAUGCUUAUCGACGGCCAGCCAGCCGAGCGCCCAAGGAGAACAUUGACGUUGAUUGCAAAGAUGCUGCAGAAUCUGGCCAACAAACCCUCGUACGCCAAGGAGCCGUACAUGGCGAAGCUGCAACCGUUCAUUCACCAAAACAAGGAACGCAUCAACAAGUUCAUGCUCGACCUGUGCGAAGUCGGAGACUUCUAUGAGAGCCUGGAGAUGGACAACUACGUCGCUCUCUCCAAGAAGGAUCUGGAACUAUCCAUCACGUUGAACGAAAUCUAUGCCAUGCACGCCCUGAUCGAGAAGCAUAACGGCGAGCUUUGCAAGGACGACAACUCUCAUCUGGGUAUCAUAAUGUCGGAACUUGGAGGCGCCCCGGCGCAGGUUCCCCGAAAGGAGAACCGCGUCAUCAACCUCCCCCUCUUCAGCAGAUGGGAGACGGCAAUCGACGAUCUGACUGCGGCGCUCGACAUCACGCAAGAGGAAGUGUACUUUAUGGAAGCCAAAUCCGUCUUUGUGCAGAUCAUGCGAUCGAUCCCCUCCAACAGCAGCGUUGCGCGACGACCCCUGCGACUGGAGAGAGUCGCGGACGCUGCGGCUACGAGCCGCAACGACGCCGUCAUGGUCCGCAAGGGCAUCAGAGCCAUGGAGUUGCUGUCGCAACUGCAGGAACUGAAGGUCCUUGACAAAAGCGAUCAGUUUGGGCUAUUGCGCGACGAGGUUGAGCAGGAACUACAGCACCUUGGUUCUCUCAAGGACGGUGUCAUUCAGGAGACGAGCAAGUUGGAGGAGGUCUACAAGACCAUCCGUGACCAUAACACGUACCUCGUGGGUCAAUUGGAGACAUACAAGAGCUACCUUCACAACGUACGGUCGCAGAGUGAGGGGACGAAGCGAAAGCAGCAAAAGCAGCAGGUCCUCGGGCCCUACAAGUUCACCCACCAGCAACUGGAGAAGGAGGGCGUCAUCCAGAAGAGCAACGUCCCGGACAACCGCAGAGCCAACAUUUACUUCAACUUCACGAGCCCUCUGCCGGGAACAUUCGUCAUUUCCCUCCACUACAAGGGACGGAACCGUGGUCUCCUUGAGUUGGAUCUCAAACUUGACGAUCUGCUUGAGAUGCAGAAAGAUGGCCAAGACGACUUGGACCUUGAAUACGUACAGUUCAAUGUCACCAAGGUCCUCACUCUGCUAAACAAGCGGUUCGCAAGAAAGAAGGGCUGGUAAACGCCAGCACUAUGGGUCUCCCAACUUUCGAUUGUACAACUUUUCCUCCCGGAGAUACCCUCGACUGGCUUUUCAUGGAAUUGGGCGUUCUCGGCAUUUCUUUGAAACCUGAUACCACGACGUUUUCGUCUCCGUCGCUGCGCCGCCUUCGACUUCCCGCUCUAGCAUUUGUAUACGCCACUGCUUCCCUGCUCUUUCAACCCGUUUUUAUGAAACCCCCUCGCUACGACUGCCCCUAAUUCGCUUCUCGACCAUCUCGUUAAACAUCAAUACGCAUACCGGCGUCUUCUAUCUGUCUCUUUUGCAUCUGCCUGGGUCCUUGUUUUUCCUGCGCUUCCUCGUCAGGCGGCAAACUCUGGACUAGGUCAUGUAUAAGAUUACAACCGUGGAUAUGGGAGCUUAGUUUUACCCUUUCGACCUCAUGCCUCACAUUAUACUGGCGUACAGACGGCGGGGCUUGUAGGCCUUUUCUCUCUCGAUAUACCUGCUACGUUAUUUUAAUUGCUCUCAUGCGGCCGAACCCAGGAGACACAUUGCCCUUCCUUCCCCUUUUCCUUAACUUUCCCCCCUUGCUUUUGCAGGUUCUGGUCUGUUUUGUUCAGUCUCUUUUUUUAUUCUGUUUUGAGUCCACGUCUUGAUGCGCGAUGACAGCGCGGGUGUGUUCGGCUGGUCCGGGGCAUUGGUGUAUGUCCCGCUUUUCUUAAGAAGAAUACUUGAUGUCUAAAUGAUACGGUAGAGAAGGGACGAGAAGAAAUGAAAUGACGUGGAUGAUGGUCAUAUUCCUCAUGAACC